CAAAAACAUUAAGCAUUAUCAUCAAAAUCAUAAUAAUUUUAAUAUAAUACCUACAUUAAUAUACUAUAUACAAUUAACAAUAGGCGAUAAUUAUUUUUUAUACGUGUUCGUGUUCCUGAUAAUUGUUACUUUUAUUAGUUGUUAUGGAAAUUUUGAUUUUAUACAAGUACUAAAUUGAAACAAUUUGGCAAGGAACAACUUCGUUUUUGUAGUGAAAGAAAACAAUUAAAAUCAAAGUAAAAUGGUUUACAUAUCCCAAAGUGGACAUUUACAAGAAACUGUUCCCAUGAAGAAAAAAAUUGUUGACACAUUUUGGGGUGUUAUUAACUUUGUUUCAUUUUUUGUUCAAAGUUUAGUAAGGCCUAACUCAACUAGAUGGGGUAAUCAAUAUACAGUUACUUAUAGGCGACCUGGAUCUUCAAAUGGAACGGUGAGACCUCAACGUCGUUUUGGUGGAUUUGGUCCUAGUACAUCUGCUCCAGCUCCUCCGUCAACAUGUAGUAGCUGUAUGGGAUAAAUGUCUGUUAAUCUAUUAUAUAAUAUAUUAAUUCACAUAAUCUAAUUACUUUUAAUUAAUAAACCGAUAGAAAUUAUUCUAGUCUUA